UUUUUGGUCAGGAAACUCAACGUACGUAACGGCUCGAGCGCACUUUUCCGCGGGCCAAGAAGACGAGACCUGGCGGCUGGACUGACAGACAGAGCCGAGAUUUAGGACGGAAGUCGUCCGGAGCUUCGUGGACGAGCGGUGAACGUCUUCCUAAUUGUCGAAGGGGAAAAAAACUUAACGGCGUCACAACUCGGCCUGGCCCCCGUCUCGCCGACCGACGGGCUCGUUUGCGGCUUGCUUGUUUUCUUUCCCCCCUCUUUUUUUCCCCCCAGCCGUUGCAGAGCGUUGACGUAUCCCAAAAAGGGCAACUUUGCUCGUCAGUAUGCCAGCCUCAGAUGGUGCGUCCGCAGCCUGUUCCAAGUCGAGCACGUCGCCUCGCCGGACUUGUGCCUUGUGAAGAUGACGUCUUAUGAGUGUAGAAAUGUCGGAUUACAGCCAAAGAUGUGUCUGUCGGUGUAGGCUUCGUGACAUGGAGUUUGAGCGCAGCGCGAGCUUCCAGAGGGUGAGAGUAAGUUAAAGCCGUAGCUCGCUGUCCUCCUAAGAUUCUCGAACUCCCUGCCGAUGGAUCGCACGUUUUGAUGGCUGCCUGGUCCGGAGAAUGUCGACAGACGGCACGGAACUGAGAGUCUCUGACGGAUCCACUUUGCCUUUAACAUAACGAGUGUCAGCGCCACGAUUUUACGGUUAAAACGCUUUGCAAGUUUGCACGCCAUCUAGAAGAGCCGAAAGGACAAGUUGUGCCUCGCAGUGCACGGUGCACGCUGGCCUGAUUUGUGCCUUCCUUCCCCUUGCUGCUGUCGCCAUGUUUUAAGAUACAAUAAAGGACCAGCUUGAGGACUUGCUUUGGGUCCAAAAACUUUUUUUUUUGUUUUGGCCUGCAUAGUAUCUUCGUAAACUGUCGAAUCCAACUUCCUUCCAGCAGUCCAAAGAACAGGAUUGAAGCUAUAAGCCAUUUUCUUUACUCCCGGCUGUCUCUCAGUCGGCUUUCCAGUUUCUAUAUUUUAUACUUGUAUUCAAUACGGGCCUUAAUCGCAACACUCCGUUUGAGGAUUACAAAGGCAUAUGCAAUGCGUGAUGGAUGUCCAUGAAGUGUCCGAGUUCUCCUGUUCAAGUCCUCCGGAGAGCUGAAACUCUGCCCAGAUGCUGUUCUCGAGCUAGCAAGAUUUGGGGAGACUUUCUGAAGACUGGCAUCGUGUGCCCCAGAGGGACUCGAAUUGGCUGAGCCCCGAGUUAGGGGGCACUUUGUGCUAAGUAGGACAGACCCUUUCUCAUCAGAUUGUUGUCAUGACCAAGACUUGGUGAAGGCAUGGAUUUUCGAAGACCUGAAAUUGGUUUGGGAAAGCAGUCCUUAAAAAUGGAUGAACAGGAAGCCCUGCACUCCAUCAUGAAAGACCUGGUGGCCUUGCAGAUGAGCCGGCGGAACAGGCUUACUAAUUACGAGAGUGUGAAGGGCAAGGCAAACAGCCAGUCCAACAAGCAGAAUGAUGUACGAGUAAAGUUUGAACAUAAUGGGGAACGAAGAAUAAUCCAGUUUACUAGGCCAGUUAAGUAUGAAGAUGUGGAGCAGAAGGUGAAGACUGCUUUUGGACAGCAGCUUGAUCUUCACUACAUGAACAAUGAGUUGUUCAUCCCUCUUCGACGUCAGGAUGACCUGGAUAAAGCCAUUGACCUCCUCGACCGGAGCAGCAACAUGAAGAGCAUUAAGAUUCUGUUGUUGUCCCAGGAGAGAAAUCAUGUGACUUCACAUAGCCUUCCCAAGCAAGUGCGCAUCAAAGCAUCCCAGUCAGUGGGAGACGUCACCGCAGCCUUCCAGCCCCCAGAGCCCAGGAGCCGGCACCUGUCUGUCAGUUCACAAAACACUGGUCGCAGUUCCCCUCCUCCUGGUUACGUACCUGAAAGGCAACAGCGCAUCGCACGGCAGGGGUCUUACACCAGCAUCAACAGUGAAGGAGAGUUUAUCCCUGAAACCAGCGACCAGUGUAUGUUGGACCCCCUGAGCAGCGCCGAGAACUCCGUAUCAGGAAGCUGCCAGUCACUUGACCGCUCCGUGGAUAGUCCAUCUUUUAGGAAAUCACGAAUGUCCCGGGCCCAGAGCUAUCCAGACAACCGGCAAGAAUUCCCAGAUCGGGAAAACCAGAUCUAUGACAAAGCGGGCAAAGGAGGCACCUAUCCUCGUCGGUACCACAUGUCAUUACAGAACAAGGAUUACAAUGAUGGUCGCAGGACAUUCCCUCGGAUUCGAAGACAGCAGGGCAACCUCUUCACGCUGGUCCCCUCCAGCCGCUGCCUGAGCACCAACGGAGAGAACAUGGGCCUGGCGGUGCAGUACAAAGAUGGCCGCGUGCGCCUGCGGAGUGCAGACAGUGAGAACACUCUCAGCGUGCAGGAGAGAAACAUCCCAACAAAGUCCCCCAGCGCCCCGCUUAACUGGCGAAGAGGGAAGCUGCUUGGACAAGGAGCCUUUGGACGGGUCUACCUGUGCUAUGACGUGGACACGGGCCGGGAGCUCGCCGCUAAGCAAGUACAGUUUGAUCCAGAGAGUCCUGAAACCAGCAAAGAGGUGAGCGCUCUGGAGUGUGAGAUCCAGUUACUGAAGAAUUUACGACAUGAGCGGAUCGUACAGUAUUAUGGCUGCCUGAGGGACCGAGCCGAGAGGACGUUGACCAUCUUCAUGGAGUACAUGCCUGGGGGAUCAGUGAAGGACCAGCUGAAGGCCUAUGGCGCCCUGACGGAAAACGUCACCCGCAAGUACACACGGCAGAUCCUCGAGGGGAUGUCCUACCUUCACAGCAAUAUGAUUGUGCACCGCGAUAUCAAAGGUGCCAACAUCUUGCGAGAUUCUGCUGGGAAUGUCAAGCUGGGAGACUUUGGGGCCAGCAAACGUCUGCAGACUAUCUGCAUGUCCGGGACGGGAAUUCGCUCGGUGACCGGCACCCCAUAUUGGAUGAGCCCGGAGGUGAUCAGCGGCGAGGGCUACGGCAGGAAGGCAGAUGUGUGGAGUCUGGGCUGCACGGUGGUAGAAAUGCUGACUGAGAAGCCUCCCUGGGCAGAGUUUGAAGCUAUGGCCGCCAUCUUCAAAAUAGCCACCCAGCCAACCAAUCCGGUGCUUCCUUCCUACAUAUCGGAACACUGCCGGGACUUCCUGAAACGCAUCUUUGUGGAGGCGAAGCACAGGCCGUCGGCGGAGGAGCUGCUCAGGCACCCCUUCUUUCAGGUCUUGUACUGAGCGGAGGUUGUGGAGCAGAAUGGCGGCGGGCCCGGGCCUUCCUUAAUUUGACUGCGAGCAGAAGGUGGCGCUUAUGUGCCCGCUCUGCUUCGAGGAGUAACGGGGGGGCCCUGGAGCCCCAGCUUGGCAUUUUAGUCACCUGACACUUGGGUGUCUCAGCGAGUUUUUACCAAAGAUGAAUCCGAUUGCCAAAAACACAAAUGUGCUGGACGAGGGAGGAGGCCCUGACGCCUGACUGGCACUGGGACGACGGGCAGACUUGGAGUGCCAUCGUCUGCUUGUCAACAAGGCUUUGCAGAUCAGCAAGCCACUUCUAAGUGUUACUUUGUCCCCGAUGCACUUUUAUGAAUGUCGUGUUUUGUAUUUUGCUUUUGAUUUUUUUU